AUGUUUUCUGGAGCUGAAGGAGCUAAACCAUUGACAAAGGAUCAAACAACCAACAAAGCUGCUGCUCAAAGCUCGGUCACGUUUAUCUAUGAAGCCAAAGUAGCAGAAUCCUGUCGGAAUGUAACCGUUACAUGGAGCAAAAACCUCAUGAACUAUUCCCUCUGCAUCAAUGUGGAAAGCCUGUCUGAUAAUGAAAAUCAAUACACUUGCAAGAUUGAUAUGAAGACAUGGCAGUUUUGGGGCAGAAAGGGUCUGAAAUCAUUCGACGUAGGCGAUAAACGAGUAGAUGUUUUCUGGGAUUUUCGACAGGCAAAGUUCUCCACAAAUCCGGAGCCAACCUCAGACUAUUACGUCGCCAUUGUAUCAGACGAAGAGGUUGUUUUGUUGCUAGGAGAUUUGGCUAAGGAUGCUUAUAAGAGAACCAGAAAACCCCCAUCUUUACAAGAACCUACCUUGUUAUGCAAGAAAGAGAAUGUCUACGGCAAGAGAUUGUUCUGCACCAAAACAAUGUUAGAUAGAAAAGAACAUGAUCUCACAAUUGAGAACUCUCCAUCCGGCCAUGGAGAUCCGGAACUGUGGAUAAGUAUUGAUGGGUUUGAGGUUAUUCAUAUAAUGAAUCUAAAUUGGAGAUUUAGAGGGAAUGAGACUGUCAAAGUAAAAGAUGUGCCAUUACAGAUUUUCUGGGAUGUACAUGACUGGUUGUUUAGCAGUCCAGGAGCAGGCAAUGGAUUGUUCAUUUUGAAGCCGGAAACUGUAGAAUCUGCAGCUAAACAUGGCAGAAAUAGUAGCAUUGGGAGCGACAUUGGCGAUGAAAUCACAGGGUUCUGCCAUAUUAUAUAUGCUUGGAGAACUGAUUAG